GGAAGACUGUUGGCACACAGGCAAAUGACUACAUAGAGCCGGGGCCCAGCCCCCCUCACUAACCUCUCUGGACUGGAAUGUGAAGGUGGACUCUAUUAUGGAGAUCCAUAAAGCCCGGAAAGGCAGGCUUUCAAAAUGCUUCUCCUGGAUAUGCAAGAGAAAGUCUUUGGCCUUAAGAAGAUGCUUGUCAGAUUUUUUGAGCACAUCUGGCCACAGCAUAUAUUCAUCUAAAUGCUGGAAAUCCUUGGUGCCCAUAUUGUUGCUCUGUGGCAUUUCGCUGGCUAUGGUGACAAUCUCUCAAGUGGAUAGACUGCGUACUUUUGUCUGUGGAAUCUUCAUCCCUCAAUACCACUAUCCCUUCGCAGUGCCACUCACCUUUGUACAGGUCCUGAUCAUCACCCUGCCAUGGCUGGCCCUGCAUGGAGUGGGCCUGAUCUCUCUGCAACCGUACUCCCGUGGACUCGGGGAGCACAUGUUGGUGCCCGCUGUGUGUGGCAGUGCCCAGGCCGUGCUGGAGCUCUGGGCGAAGGCCAGUGCCCACUCUGGACUUUACCCUCUCUUCACAUGCCUGCUGCCUGUCCUUAGUGUGGUAUGGAGUCACGUCCUGUCGCUGACGGCCAGACCCUCUCUCUACACGUCAUUUUUACUGGCAGGGGUCUCUCUCGGUGCCAUCACUGUAAAAGUUGCAAAAGGUGUAUAUUUAGUGGAGACAAUGGAGUGGGUGUACUCGCCUCUUAGUGUAAUCCUACACAGCCUCUCCUUCGCCUGGAUGGCCAAAGUUGCAGAAGCUGAACAGAACCACUUGACCGUGUUCGACUGCCACUAUUCCCUGGUGGUAACGCGCAGCAUGGUGCUGGGCUUCCUGUGCCUGCUGCACCCGGAUAGCCCCAGGGCCCUGGUAGAGGGAAACUGGCAGUGUCUGCUCUUCCUGGGCUACCUAUUGGCCAUCAUCUUGCUUGGAGCUCUACAGCACCUCCUAGUGGACAUGACUGCACUGUACUUCUCCCCUCAAGCGGCGUCCCUGCUUUAUGCUGCCCGAGACUUGGCUCGUACCUUUUACAGUCUGUUGUAAAAGGAUAUAGGACAAACGCAAUGUUUACGAUUAUGGAACUUUUAUCUAACAAUGCACAGCAAAAGGACCAAAGCUAAAAAAAAAAGAUUGAUUUCUUAACAAAGAGAGUGUUGAAAUACUGUCAAUACUUGGUGAAUGUUGACGAAUCAAUCCGACAGGUGUACUGAGCUGACGUUUUUCUGAAGAAUUGGUCAGUGGUGACGUACACUGGUCAUUGCUACCUCACUACCAGACACUUCUCAUAUCUCUGAAUGUUACACUCCAAUCACAUUGAUGACUUUUUUCAGACAUCUCUUUAAAAUGGCACAAACACAAAACGCACGACAUCUGGGAAGGAGUCAUAAGCUUUUGACUUGUGUCAUACACAAAGCACUUUCAAAAGGGUGUAACUGCAUUUAGAGAUAGACUAAGCCAUUUUCACAUACUGGAUUCUGAGUGCUUUCGCUGGCAGAAAGCAGUUAGAACUCCGAGCCUGAUGCCUAAGCUAGAACAGUAUAUACUGAGACGGACUACUGCAGGUUAUGAUAAGUAGAUAUGAAGUCUAACGGGCAGGUACAGACAGAAUUCGUGAGGUGUUUAAACAUAUCAAAUACAAUUUGAAAAAAUGUUUGACAUUUUGCAACAGGUAUUAAUAGUGCUAUUGA